AUGAAAAAAUCCAAUGAGAAGAAAAAUGAAGCAGAUCCAUUAUUGAAGAAGUUUUUUUGUGAAAAAUUAACAAAAAAUGAAAUGGACGAUGUUUUUUUUUAUUAUAAACAAAUAAUGGGUAUUUUAGCUGGUAUCAUAUCAGCACUAUUACAUAUUAAAGGGAUCUGGGGGUUCCUCUUUUUUUUCCUUUUCCAAUUUGUAACAUCAUUUGUCUUAUAUAAUAAAAAAAUUCAUGAAAAUUAUUUUCUUGACAAUUAUAAUAUUGCAAAAAGUAAUAUAUUUACAGCUUUUUCGGCAUUUUUGUUAUCAUGGAUUGCAUCUAAUACCAUGUUAGUUUAA